AGGGGAAAUUUUCCAACGCUUUCGAUGCCCUCCCAUCCGCCUCACAGCAGCCUCCUGUCAGCCAGAGGUUACACCAGCCGGGACAACGGGCGCAAAUAUGUGAUUUGGGUUGAUAUACUAGCGGUGUUUGGGAGUCUGCCAGUGCAGCUCGCUGAGAAAUAAACCGGGGUGAGAGACAUAUGCUCGGGAGCGGCGGUUCUGCUCUUGUGAAGGUUUGUUGUGGAGGCUGCUGGACGGGACAGCGGACCAUCGACUGAGGUGCGUCCGAUAGCACUAGUAAAGUUUCCAUCCUCGAACCUCAACCAGAGAUGUUUCCCAGCCUGCGAAGAGCUCUGCGGCCCGCGCUCUCUCUCAGAGCCCGGACCGGACUGACCAGGGUCGGACUCAGUAGCCACCACACGGGCGGUGGAGCUCCCCUGGGCCACGCCGAGCCGCCCGUGUUCAUGCUCGUGCAGCGGUGUAACCUGGGCACGCACCCUCUGAAAGAGCACGUGGAGCCCCUCAACUCUCCCCGAGGAGCCAAGGACUUUAUUUAUAGUCUGCAUCCGUCUGAGCGGAGCUGUCUGCUCAGAGAACUACACAAGUUCGAGUCAAUAGCUAUAGCUCAAGGGCAGAUGGAUAUCGCACCACCUACUGCUGCACAGCUAAGAUACGUUCUUUUGCACAACGCACUCCCGUUCGUUGGGUUUGGAUUCCUGGACAACUGCAUCAUGAUUCUUGCUGGCACACAAAUUGAAUUGUCGAUUGGAGUGAUUCUAGGCAUUUCAACCAUGGCAGCUGCUGCCCUUGGCAACCUGGUGUCGGACCUGGCAGGACUGGGGCUUGCAGGUUAUGUGGAGGCCUUGGCAUCUCGGUUGGGGAUGCAGAUUCCAGACCUGAGCCCCAAACAGGCAGACAUGUGGCAGACCAGGGUCAGCUCCCAUUCGGGUAAAGCGAUUGGUGUUGGCAUUGGCUGUAUCCUCGGCAUGUUUCCACUUUUGUUCUUUAAAGAUGAUGACAAAGAUGAGAAGAAGGAUGGCAAGACAAAAAGUGAGGAGAAAACACAGCCUGCUGCAGCCACAGAAAGCAGCAAAAACUGAAGCUAUCAAUUUGCUGUUGAAAAAGACUGUAUACAAUCCACUAAAAACAGGACUGAACGGCCUUGUUGGGCGGACUAUAUGAGGACAACACCCACAGUCACAUCAGGGGUGAAUGAAAACAAAUUUAAAGGUAUUCUGAAAUUCAUUGUAGUUUAUUUGAUUGUAGGAUUUUAAGCACAGGGACCUGGAUGUCACUUGAGGGAUUUCAAAGACCUUCAAAAUGGCAGACUGCUGCUGCUGUUGUAAACUAAUCUGUAAUUUUGACUGAUACAGCUAAAUUUUGUUUAUUUUAAAAAGGCAAAAAAACACACUCCCUUUGCUUCAUCUGUACUAAAAAGGAACAAGCAUGACUGCAUUACACAUACAAGCCAACAAAGAGGACCUCUACUUUAAAUUACUGUUACUGAUACAAAAUAACUAUUAAGUAUCUUAAGGCAUCUUGUGUUGGGGUUUAGUGUUUUUGUCAUAGGUUAAAUAGGGCUUUGUUCAGCAGUGUAAAACAAGGACUUCCAAUAUGGUUGCAGUUACAAGCCAAGACAGCAGUGCAUGUGAUGUUGCAAGCUCAGAUUUGAUUUCUCCAGCAUGGUUAUUUAUUUUAAGAUGAAAUCGGUCCUCUGGAAGAAUCUUGUUUUGCCCAUUUGAAACAUAAGCUGAAUUUUUAUGUAAUUUUAUAAACUGCACACACAAUGUACAUAUAAAGCAGAAAUAUGAAGAAAAUCUAAAGUACCUCAACAUUUGGAAAGAAACUGUAGCUGAAAGGAAGGACCAGUUUCGAACGAUAAAUAUCUUUUGACUACAACAGUAACAUUUCUUAUUGCACCAAACCUCUCCACCUCAAAAUAUCUGUUUUCUUUUCUGACUUGUUGGGCCUGAUUUGGACCUAGCUUUACAGGUCUUCCUCUGAGAAAACGCUGUUGCUAAGUACUAUGUUGCCAAGUGCACCACAUCCCUACGUUAUUUCUAUGCUGCCCUCCACUGGCUAAAAUCUAAACUGACAGACUUUAAAUCCAUAUCACUCUGUUUAGGAGCUGUCAUUUAUAUAUCACUUUUUGUUUUGUCUUCCUGAGAAAGUUAGAAAGAAAAGGAGCCACUAAAGGAGAAAAAGGAGCUCAUUUAUUAGACAUUUUUCCUGAUUUAUUUGUUCGUAAGUUCUUAAUUUGUAUAACUUUUCAGUUUUUAAUGUGCACCAACAAAAUACAUUUCCAUUUCGAUUAAUGUUUCAAGGCGACAGUCCAUUUGUGUAUUGAAUUGGCUUUGAGCAAAAGUAAAUAUGCAACAAAAAGACACGUCGCCACUACAUGUACUAAGUAAUUAUAAGAUUAACAUGGAUAUUUUAACGCAAUAUUUCAUGACUUAUUGCAGCGUCUGAUGCCAAGUACUCCACAUGACGAACAAGUAAACUUGAGACUUUAAUUUUGCAAGAUUGCUCUGCUUAUUUAUUACAUAGACAAAUGCAAAAUAUAUGAACAACAGAUACAAGAAGUCUUUAUUUAUGUAGUUAGCAUUUCAGUCUGAAUGCUUUACCAUUGUGCAUGCACUAAUACAGAUCUUAUUGUACAUGUUUACUUUGUCAUAAUAAAAUUAAGUCUGCUGCAGAUAAAUGUCUUUUUUAAACAUAUUUCUGGAUAAUGUCUAAAAUCAACAUUAUAAAUAUGAUGUAUUGUUGAAACUGGUUAGGCAGGUGUUAAAGUAUUUUAUUCUUUUUUGUUUGGUUUUAUUAGUUGGUUGGUUUGCAUUAGGUUGCAGACUUACAGCAUCCAGACAAGUGUUCCAAUACAGCAGUGGUAUGAACUUUGUGAACAUUAGGCAACACAAGGCAAGUUUAUUUGUAUAGCACAAUUCGUACAGCAAGGUAAAUCAAAGUGCUUUACAGAAGAAGAAUAUAUUAAAAUUAACAAAUCAAAACAUAAAUAAUCACAAAUAACAUUAAAACCAUAUGCACAACUAAACAGAACUGUUUUGAGCCUGGAUUUAAACGUUGUCAAAGUAGAGGCCUGUCUCACAUCUUCAGGAAGAUUGUUACAGAUUUUAGCUGCAUAAAACUGAAAUGCUGAUGCCCCAUGUUUAGUCCUGACUCUGGGCACCAGCAGGAGGUCAGUCCCUGAAGUCCUCAGAGUGUGAGAUGGUUCAUAUGGCACUAACAUGUUGGAGAUGUACUUUGGUGCUGGUCCAUGGAGAGAGUUGUUCACAAGCAGAGCUGCUUUAAAGUCUAUUCUCUGAGCUACAGGAGCCAGUGCAGAGACCGGAGCACAGGACUUAUGUGCUCGUACUUCCUAGUUCUAGUCAGGACCUGAGCAGCACCAUUCUGGAUGUACUGUAGCUGUGUUAAUAUUUUGUGCAAUGUUUUCUACUGACAAGCAUAACAGUAGAUUUGUAAUGGUAAGAUGUUACUCUUUGUUUUGGAGUUAUAUGAGCUUAUAUAUAUAUCCUGUUUUGUAUCAUCAGUAUUUUGUUGUUCACUAUUUUUGUCUAUUUUCUCUCCCGCUGGUGUCAUUAGCUGAAAACAUAUAUUAUACUCGGAGGUAAAGCGUUGCCAGUUCCAGGGGACACUUGUACACAAGGGGCAGACUGUAGCAAAUGUGUGUGGCAGAAUAAACAGACUAUAAGGAUUAGAUUU